CAGUGGGAAUGGACCGUUUACAAGGAAACCCUUUUUGUCCACCUUCAAGUGAAAUUGAGGAGCCAGAUCUCACAAAGCCCACAUGUGGUCUGUGCCAGUACAAUGACACUCUGAUAUUACUGAGGAUCACUGGUAUUGUGAGUGGAAAGAUUUAUUCGGUCCUAACACAGCCCUCCAACACAGAAUGUCUCCUCCUGCUCCAUCAGCUUGUCUGGAAUUACUCACCUGGCAGGAGGCCUGGCCCCAGGGAGCUCCGUGCUUCAGAAACUGUUCUCUAUGGAAGAGAGAUUUGGUGUUUUCUUCCCCCCCUGCUUCGCCUCCACAAGAAUCUGAAACACCUUCUGUGAUUUGAUUGCCUAGAAUUGAAGUUGCAUCAAUAGGAUUUCAGUCUGGGAGCAGCUUUCCCCACACACAUACAGUGUGCAAACACCAUGCUGCGACCUGGCAGCUUCAUUUCCCCAGGGAAUUUGAUUUUAGGGGUGGGGGUUGCUUUGUGGCUGCCUGGGAUUUGGGGUCCAAAUUAAGCUUAAAGGGAGAUGAAUCAGGUCCUACUGAUUUAUGUUUGCCGCUCUUUUGGUUAUUUCUGGCACACAUACUAAAAUUAUCCCUACCUUCAGUUGCUUGGAGCCAAAUGCCUGUUACAUCCAUGCCCCAUAGGGGGCAGAUGAAGAGGGUCCAGAAGCCUGAAACCUCAAUCCGCAGCAAUGCCUUUGGGUGUAUAUAUAUAUUUUUUUUGGCAUUUCACAACACACCAUUUCCUACUGAGGCUCGCCUCUGUUAUGCAACUUUCAUUUGCUCCAUCUCAUGCUGAAACUCAACAAGGAUCAUGCUUUCAAAAACUGAAUUAUCAUUAGCAGGUAUUUGGCUACACAAAUUGCGAUGACCUAGUCAGGCAGGCGCAAGCUGCAGAAGUGAGCUGUAAUAAAUUAUUUUAGUUCAAAGCCAUAGAGUAACGUUUGGCUACACUCAAAUCCAGCCUCCUACUUCCCCCCACCCCCUCCAAGUAUAGUUGAUGGUAUCAUAAACUAUAAGAUAGCCUGCUAUCUUGGUUUGCCUGAAGAGCAUUCAUAGAAAGGUGCCAGCUCUGUGCAAUCACCCUGGAAUACGUCGUGCCAGAAGACAGAUUCCACACUUUUUUAAAAAAAUCUAAACAAUGAACACUGUACAAAAUAUUAAAACGUUUUUCUAAAACAUGGUAUUAACAUGGAGAUGAGUCAUUUCACUGUCAUAACACCAGUGGGGAAGGGGAGCUGGAGUGAACAAAGCAAAUUCAUUCAGCAGCAAUUUGCACUCCAUAACCCUCCGAUGAUUAGCCUUUUAGGCCAGAGGAGCUCCGCUACUUAAGCAGAAGAGGUGACACAUUUAGCUGUUGCUUAGAGAUAUUGGAAUAUAUUGCACAGAGCCUGCUCCCCAGCGAGCAUCCCCAAAGAGCUCUGUGCUGGUUUUCUGUGGGUGCAUUAACCCCGUUGCAACGCCUUGGUUUGCAGUCACGCAGCUCUCAAAGCAAGACCAGGAGUGACAGGGGGUGACCUCCCAGAAGUGACAUUUUAGAUGUUUUUAGAAAAAGUCAAGGCAGCAACUUGUACCACCUGAAAGUGGCUCAGAGGCUCCAAGGGCCAUUAGCAGCUCUGCAAUAAGCAGUUUAAUAGCAAGUAAAUGAGGUCCAGUUCCUGCACGGGGUGCUGGUGUGCAGAGCGGUACCAAGCCAGCACACGUGUCCUGCAGAACCCCAGGGCUGCCAGCAGCAGGUCACCAAAAAGUGCCUCGUGGAUGAGGAGCCAGGAGAAGAACAGCAAAACUCUACCCGCUCACACCCAUUUCUUUUCUACACACCAGUUAGGACAGUUAACCUGCUUUUAUUUCUCCUUUUGAAGUAGGAUUCUGGUCCUUUUAAAGUAGGGUCCUUAUGCCUUGCUUGCUACCUCUGCAAACCAAAGGACUGUGCUGGAGAAUCCCCAAAUAUCUACGUUGUGCAUAUCUGCUCUAACAGCUGGGAGGAAAACGUAAUCCUGUUAACAUUUCAGUGGUAAUUGGUAGGUUCAAGGGUUAACAGCAUUCCAAGAUGACUGCGAAAGCAAGCAAUUAGCUGUACCCUGGAGCACCCCAGCACACGGCACUGUCACUCGAUGUUUUUUACCUCACAGGUACAGGUCCUGAAGCCAGCUUGCAUGACAGCCGUGACUCACAUGGGCUGACGGAAGAAACCUGAGAUAGGGAACAGCGAGAGCUCAAAGCCCAGAAGAUAACUCCCAUCCUGCAGAAGAUUUGGGGUUUAUCAAGAGCUGUGAGGAAGCUCCCGGCCAUGGCAGCCCCGCAGGAAGGAGCGGACAGCUCCAGCCGCCCACCACCUCCCGCUUCUGUGCCUUCUAUCCCCCAUCACCGCUGGCCUGAGGAAAUUACUCACACAGCAUUUAUCUUAAUCGCUCCCCCGCAGAGGCAGCUAUGGAGCAGUUAUUGAUAUAUCCCUCACCUGACAAGAACAGGCCAUUUAUAGGACUCAUUACUCCUUUUCUUUUUCCAAAGCACCUCCAGUAGCACUUUGCCUUCACUCCAGCUUGCGGCAGGCUGCAUGUCAGCAGCUGCUGGAUCCAUCACAAUCGGUAUUCACCAUUCAGAGGCACUUUCUUGACCCCCAGCUCACCGGUUUCCCAAUGGAGAUGUCUGCUCCAUCCCCAGCAAAACCAGCACCCUCCACCUGGCUCCUAGGGACGUCCCACGAGGUGGGCACCAUCACCCACCCAAGCCAACCUGGCUCAUUUUGGCCCAGAAUGGUUGGGAAGCUGCUGCAGAUGUCCUGGAUCAUGGUCAAGGGCAGAAACAGCCAGCACGUGGGUGACAAGUAAGCCUGGAUUUCUCCCUUCCAGCUCACUCCAACACUCACCGACUGCUCCUUUGCCAAGCCAGUGCCACACCGAGGAGGAGCAGGAGGUUACUGGGGGUAAUGGUGUCCAAAUCCCACAAACACCCAGGCAGGCACCAGUGCAGCUCAGGACAAGCAGCUCCAAGGUGUCCUACCAUAAAUAACCUCACACUGUCAUGGCUCACCAGAAGCCAUCGCUUACAGAUGGUUUGACAUAGUCGGUUUGGGAUAUUAACCUGCAGUGCCACAGCACCUCAUACAAAUAAAUCACCCUAAUAACCAGCGUCUGCAAGACAGUCAGCAGAGAACAUUUUGUUUUGGUGAGAAGCGUAUUGAUUGCACAUUUGUGUCCUGGAGAUGAACUUGACUCUUUGAAAGCAGCCAGAGCCCAGUGGAACAGGAUCUUGUCCCCAACAGUCCCUCAGAGGGGAAUUGAAUCCAUCUUAUCAGGUUGGGAACAACCCCAGGACUCCUGGUGGCUGCAGGAGCUCCAGUCUCACCCCAGGGCUGCUGCUGGGCAGAGGCUGAGCCCAGCACUGCACAAGGCCUCCUCUUCCAGAGCUGGGAAGGGAAGCUGUCCCUUCAGGUAUCCAGGAAAGCAGGAGUAAUCCAAAUCCACACCUGGUCUGUGUGACUACACCCUCCCUGCAAGCCCCAUCUUUUCAGACACUUUCUUCAUCGUUUUCUUUCCCUUUGCACCACUGACUCAAACUGCACGCUAUCAACAUGGGUUUCAAGAAUUAAAACCAUCUCCAUCACAUGAAUCUGACAGGGCAGAAACCCUGUCCCUCUUACACCAUGCUGGUGACAGCGCUCUUUGCACAAAGACACGUGCAAAUAGCUCAGAGGGAAGACGCAGCUUGUACCCUUUGUAGCAGCAACUUGAAAUCGGUACUUGGUUUCAGGGCUUCGUGCAAAAGCCAGUUCCAAGGUAAGAAUGAGGGGAGUGAAAGGACAGCCUCUCAGCUCUCCCAGAUCCCUGUGCUUUAUGCUGGAAAACAGAAGGAUUUUUAUUGCAAACAAUCUUCUGCCCUGAGGAACAGAUCAGGAUCACAAUACUUCUACCUUUCAAUAGCAACAAGCAAUACCUCUGUGCUCACACCUCUCUGCAUCACCUUAAGGUACAAUUUGCAAGAGAGAAGGAAAUUUCACUGGCCUCUUCCCCCCGUGGGAUGUGGUCUGCAUGCAAGGGACACCCUGACUGUUCACACUGAAAACAGCUGCUCUAAGGUCAGACGGAUAGCGUGCACAAGAUCCGCCGUAUGGAUUUUGCUUUGAAAGGCUUGUUCAGGCUGCCAGCCUCUUUUCUGGGAAUUAAUUUGGAAGCAAACAAGUCACGCCCUGUAAGAAGAGACGGUGACACUGUCAGAGCUGCGUCAGCUCCUCCGCUCCCCUCCGUCUCCCAGCACUAAUGGGGCUCCCCCUUGUCUUCAUCCAGAGAGAAUUGUUCCUCAAAGUAUUGGAAAUGAAGUGAGCCGUAACUCGUAAGGCAGCAGCAGGUGCUCUCUAAUGAGGGCAUCGCGUAUCACAAGGAAGAUCAAGGUCAGAGUCCAAGGAGUGGGACCAGGCUCACCCAGGCUCAUCCCCAGGAUGCUCCCAAGCAGCCUCGCAGUGUGGGUAGAUCCAGCCCCCAGGUGAUAUUCCCACAGUGACGGGCUCACCUGAACAUCAGCUGCACCUGCAGGAGCCCUGGGCAUCCAGCCCUUACCUGCCUGCACAUGCUGAGCUCGGAUCUGGGCAAGUUUGACAAGCUCAGGUUCCUCCUGUUAGAAAUAUUUUCCCCCAGAGAACCUCUGUGCAAACAGGAAAUUUGACAUUUCAUUCUCCUGAAAUUUUCUGUCUUCCAGUAUUUCUUUUUCCUUGACAAUGACAACUGAUUCCCCCAAAAAAUGCCUUCCCACUGCAGACCCAUCCAAACCCAGCUUCCCCUACAACUACUUACGAGAACUUCCCCAAGAGAACACGAAGGCAGCUCUAGGGGUCUAUGAUCUGAAGUAACACCCCCAUCAUUGCUAUGGAUACUCUGUGGGCAAACUUCAUUUUGUUUAAUUAUGCCAAGGUCUAACAGCUGGUGGAAUUUUGGUAGAGAUACAGAAAACAUCUGCAAGAGCUGUACACCAGGCAAGGAAAAAAAAUCCCUGUCUGCUGAAAAGUCAGUUAUACCCACGGCCUUUAAGGAGGUACUUCUGAGUGCAAAGCGUUUUGUUCAUCCCAGUUACUGGUGCACAGGAGUCUUGCCAGAAGAGGGUAAACACCCACGGAAAAAGGAACAAAAUCAAACAGCCCUUGGCUGCGGGGCUCAUUGAACCAGUGACCGCCUAGUUCAGGAAUGACACCGCACGCUGGCAGGCUGAGCCCUGCUGGAUGCCUGCACUUCCUCUCCCCUGGUUCUAAAACAAAGGUCAGGCAACCUCCAGCUGGGUGCUGCAUUUAAAAGACUAAAGGAGAACCAAGAUGACCCUCGAUUUCCUUUUUCCUCUUUUUACAGGGACAUGAAAAGGAAGGGAUCUUAUGCUGUUCCUGGUUUUGUUAUUUAACCUGAGUGUGUUUCUGCCAGGCUUUGCAGGACCCCCACACCUCACCAAGCACAUCCCAGGAUUUAGCUGCAUUUCCAAGAGAUGGACCCAGCUGGGGGGACGUCAACUGAGCUCCCCCGGAGCAGCUGAAGCCUGCAGGAAUCUGGCAAGGUAUGUCUGUUUAUUUGUUCAUUAUGAGCUCUGUAAUGGUGUGUACCCUCCUCCCACUCCCUCCCUCCACACACAUUUGUGCAUCUUCCCUGGUUAAAAACAGCCAGUGCUCCCUGGUGAAACAUUUUAACGCACACACCAGCACUUCACACAUCCCUCACUCAAACAGCCACAGCGUGACAGCCCUGGGUGCCGCCUGUGCACCCCAACCUCUCCCCUAUUCCCGAAGAGAGCUGCCCUGGUGCAACAGCUGCUUGCCAGCAUCUCCCUCGUUCCCCAUUUAAAUAGCCCAGCACAGACAGAACUUUCUCCCCCCCUUUCUCCCUGGUGAGGAGGAGUGCUAAUUACUCCGACGUGCGAUGCACACACAGGCACCAUGUUGAUAUGAUUGCAAGGACUGGUAACGUCAGCAUCCCGGGGACCCUCCUCCGGCUGGGAGCAGAGGGAAGAGGCUCAGCCAUGCGGAGCAGCAGGUGCCGGAGGCAGCCGGAGCCACUCGCCAGGGGACCCCUGGUGUGAGGAGCAGCCACACCAGAAACUCCCUCCGUGUGUGUGCAGUCUCAGCCGGAGAAACAAGUUUGAAGUCCCCAGCACAAAGAAAGGCAUUAAUUAAAUACAACAAUGCUUCUGCUCUGACAUGGAAAAAAAAGCCCUGCAAGUGGGGGAGCAGCCAGCCCUCAAGUGCUCCAAGGGCUGAGAGAAGCCGGCCAGGCACAAAGCUCCCUCCCUGCCCUCCUCACUCCUGCAACCCCCAGGACUUGUGCUGCAGAUGGCUGAACAGGAGCCACUUCACCUCCCCAGCAGAGAAAAGCCACGGCUCACCUACAUCCUCUCCAAGAGAGGAGAGGUUCGACUUGCAUAGGGAGAUACAAUCCUUAUUUGCUUUGUUCAUGGAGCCUUCUGCAUCAUUCAAUUUUUUUUUUCCCUGCUCAUUUCAAAAGUCUGACUUCUCCCAUGGUAGCAAACAGAGGUAAGUGAGAUUACCCAUGCUGCCUCAACUCACUUUUUGGAAAUAACCUGAUUCUAGAUGAUAGAGCAGCUUUGUACCAUACAGGAUAAAAGGUUCUCCCACCUGGGCUAGCAAGGCUUUCAGUGACUUCAGAGGGCAGCCUGUGACCAGCAGGCAUGGGGAACAGCUCUCUCUGGGAUGGUCUGAACAGCACCUGCAGCAGUGCAGGCAACAGCUGCUACCCGGACAGCAGCAUGAGGUUCAACUUCUCCUUCCAAGAGCAAGCAGCCGAUUUCUAUGUUGUCCUCCCUGUGAUUUACUCCGUGAUUUGUGCUGUUGGGCUCACAGGCAACACCGCUGUUAUCUAUGUGAUCCUCAAGGCUCCUAAGAUGAAGACUGUGACAAACAUGUUCAUCCUGAACCUUGCCAUAGCUGACGACUUGUUCACACUUGUCUUACCCAUUAAUAUUGCUGAGCACCUCCUGCACUACUGGCCCUUUGGAGAAGUCCUCUGCAAGGUCAUCUUGUCCAUUGACCACUACAACAUCUUCUCCAGUAUUUAUUUCUUAACUGUCAUGAGCAUAGACCGGUAUCUGGUCGUACUGGCCACAGUAAAGUCCAAGAGGAUGCCACAUCGUACGUACCAAGCAGCCAGGAUCGUCAGUUUGUGCAUCUGGAUCCUAGUCACCAUCAUAGUUCUCCCCUUCAUCAUCUUUGCUAACGUCUAUGUGGAUGACCUGGAGAUCAAGAGUUGUGGUCUAAAUUUCCCCAAGCCCGAAAGGUUUUGGUUCAAAGCCAGCAGGAUCUAUACCCUCAUCCUUGGCUUCGCCAUUCCAGUAUCCACCAUCUGCAUCCUCUACACCAUGAUGCUGUACAAGCUGAGGAACAUGCACUUGAACUCUAACGCUAAAGCCCUGGACAAAGCCAAGAAGAAAGUCACUAUCAUGGUCUUCAUCGUCCUGGCCGUGUGUCUCUUCUGCUGGACCCCCUUCCACUUGGCCACCAUCGUGGCUUUGACCACUGACUUGCCCCAGACCUCCAUGGUCAUUGGCAUAUCCUACUUCAUCACCAGCCUAAGCUAUGCCAAUUCCUGCUUGAAUCCCUUCUUGUAUGCCUUCCUGGAUGACAGCUUUCGGAAAAGUUUCCGGAAGAUGCUGGAAUGCAGAACUUCUUAAGCACGGGGCUGGGGCUCGCAGAUCCCUUCCCUCCCAUGGCUCUGCAGGGGCAACUUUGCAAACUUAGGGGAACACUUAAUGAAUGCACAACCCUUCUCUUUAGUUUACAUGUAUGUGUAUGUCUAUUAUCAUUCCCAAAUUUUGUCCUGCUUACUUGCCAGUCUUGCAUUUUCCCCUCUCCACAUCCCCAAACAUCUCAGAAUCGCAUCGCUACGUUCUUAUUUUUAAUCACACACCCCAAAGCACUAAGGACAGAACUUCCCUUUUAACAGUUUGCUUCUGCUCCAUGGCAGUCCUUUAUUGCCAUCUGCUGUACAGCACAGAGAAGCUGAAAAGCAGCUUUCAGAUUAAGGGGUGGUUCAGUUCUCAAUAGCUGUGGUAUCUGGGGGAUGGUUUGAUGCAGCAGAGCCAACACGCACUUUGUGUCAUAAAAAAACAGACAGAGGAUGCAAGAUGAGUAUUUGGAAGAAUAUUUCAUGUUCACAUGUGCACAGGUGUUAUGGCCUUGUUUUUGACUGAGGGAUGUCUAUUGCACUCCCACAGCCAGAUUUCUUCUUUCCUGAACUGGUAACACAAGUUAAAUUUAAACCAAAAAGCAAAACCUGUGUCUUAAAAGUGAUAUCCAACACUGUAUAAAUAUUUCAGCAACUGUAGUAAUUUGUGUUAGAAAUUAUUUUUAACUAAUUGUUUCUGUUAAAUGUCAAAUAUAUAUUUAUU